AUGGUGCGGUGGCACGUGCCGGGUCUGUCGAGCAGUAGCGGCUCGAGCAUAGAUGGCGUCGCGGUGAAAGGCGACACGGCAAAGCUGCAGAAGCUUCUCAGAAAGGGCGCGGACGUGAAUGCGCGUGCGCGGGAGCCGGUGCUGGUGGGACGGCGCCCGCUGCAUGCUGCCGUGGCGGCGGGGAACGAGGCCAUGGUCGAGGCGCUUAUUGCUGCCGGUGCUGACGUGGACGGAAAAGACGAUUUCGGCCGCACGCCCCUUCACUACCUAGCGGCCAGCCCUUCCCCGCGUCUGGGCAUCCUCUUGCAUCUGCUCAAUGCGGGCACCGACUACGCCAUCAGAGACAGGAGUGGCAGCAUGCCCAUCCACGUGGCGAUGGCAGCAGGCCACGUGGCAGUGCAGGAGGCGCUGACGGCGUUCGCGUUGGAGCACAGCGCGGAGUUCGCGUUCUACGAGUCGGGGCAGUGGCGUCCCUUCGACGCGGACGCGUCGCGCCUGCUGGGGUUUGAGCUCGCGGAGGGCGUGGGGUUCUCCGCCCUCGCCACUGCCACCGGCGCGCACUACAUCGUCGACUUCCAGCAGCAGCAGCAGUUCAACGUGUCCUCGUUCUUCUGCAAGUCAAUCAGCUGGCGAGUGCUGCCCAGCGGUCGCUGGAACCGCCCUCCCAACCCGCACCAGGGGCUGCACCCAGGCAGCCAGGACCCGCGCCUCAUGUACCGCUACGACCAACAGCUGCGCUCCCUCGCCCAAUCAGGCGUCGACAUCUGCCCCGUCUACUUCUCCCUCACCGGCCCUCCCCCCCAUCCCUUGCUCUCACAACCUGCGCCCAGCGCUCAGUUCGUCUCACGCCUCUCCUCAUCACCGCACCGUGACGGAGAGAAUGGUGAUGACGGGGAUCGUUAUCAGGAUGAUGGUGCUGAUGGUGAUGCGCAGAGGCCGUCUUCUUCCUCUGCUGGAGUGGCUGCAGUUGCUGCUGCCCUCCCCGCUGCUCUGAACAUGUCUGAUGACCUCAGCAGUGAUGUCCCCGACUCCGAACCAAACACCCCUUUGGCUCGGCGCCAACCAGGGCAACGUGCAGCUGGUUUGGAUGACAACGAGCUGCCGAGGCUGCAGGUUCUGAGGUCCGGCACAGAUGAGUACGACGAGAUUGUGGCUCGGUUUGUGGCUGGUAUGCUACGGGACAGGAAUGACCGCCCGAACAGCAGCUUCCGGCAGAACAGUGUGAGUGGAGGGGUGGUGGAGCAGGAGGAUGGCAUGAGGCCCGUGACAGUGUCGUCCGUGCAGCAGGUGCUGCUGCCUGCUGCCCGCACACAAGCCUUUGAAGAAGCUGUGAGAGAGCUCAAGGCAGCCAGGGGGGGCGAUGGCAACGUGCGGCUUGGAUGGCACGGUGCCCCUCGGAUGGCCAUAGAUCGCAUAGUGUCGACCGGCUUUUCUCUUUCCUCUUCCGCUGCUGCCCGCAACGGCAGGCUGUAUGGAGAUGGGGUGUAUCUGGCACCGGAGCAGAGGGCGUACACGAGUGCAGAGUUUGCAGUGGCGGAUAGCGAGGGGCGCAAGCACAUGCUGCUUUGCCGUGUGGCACUUGGGUCAAUGGAGGCGAUUCCGUUUGGGUCGUCCCAGCAGCGGCCUAGUAGUCUUCGAUUUGACACGGGAGCUGACAAUGUCAAUGACCCUUCACGCUAUGUGGUCUGGGAAGAGGACGUGAACGAUCUGGUCCUACCUACACAUAACGUGGCGUCGCAGCUGCUCGACCUUAUUCGCACGCGACGACAGCCCAUGUCGCAGGAGUCGUCGCAAGGACUGUCGCAGCCGUCGUCGAUAGGCGGUGUACCGCGAAAUGUAUCGCAGCAAGUCGCGAGCGGUCGACCCCCUCUAGACGCCGCGACCUCUUCAUCGAAGCUCCUCAGCACAUCGGACUUCGUAUCUGUCUCGGCCGUUAAAUCCGAUUCCGCUCUUCUCGGUUCCGCGCAUGUUGCCGCCCAUUGCUCCCGCAGCGCCCUCUCCGCGACCGCGGAGGUCACGAGCUCGUUAGUCACGCCGCCCGCCUCCGCGCACGGCGGAACCUGCGCGCAGCCGGCGGACGAGGCGCGGUGCGGGAAGAGAAUGCGGACGGAAACCGGCGCAGUUGACGCGGCGUGGGGGGGAGGCGCGGUAGGCCCGGCGACGCCGGAGCACGCGGGGUCCGACUCGUCCGCGGGCGGCGCGUGGGACGUGAGCAACGUGCAGAUAUCGCAGCUGCUACAGGAGAUGGACAUGUUCUUCCCGCCCGAUGACGACGAUCUCAGCGCCUUCGCGCUCGCCUUCGACGACGACCCGCUCGACGCCAGCGCCGCCGCCAACGCCAUCGCCGCCGCGAAUGGCGCUGCGCCUGUUUUUCCGGCGCAGGACUCCAUCGGGGAGAUUUUGAACGGCCUCUCGUCUGCCGGCCCACCGUGCGCCGAUUCGCCGGCCGCUGUUCCUGCCAUGCCGGCCGUUAACACUCCGGCCGUUAGCUUGCCGGGCGGCCUGGUGCCAGACGUGCAUGCCAUGCGCCGCGCGGACUCCGCGGACAGCGCGGGGGUCACUCCGCAGAGCCUGUCGGGCCUGGGUAGUCCGCAUAGCAGCCUCACGGCGGGGGGAGCGGGCGGAAGCACUGGCGGAAGCACCGGAGGCGCGCAGACGCUGACGUCAGUGGAGAGUGCGGAACUGCGGGGGGACUUCUCGCGCGUUUGCUGGGUUGGGGAAGCGGAAAGGCCCGCGGAGGGGGAGGCGGCAGAGCAAGAAAGGGGAGGGGGACAGAUAGCGGAAACUGCUGUAGCGGGGAGCGCGGGAAGUGGGGAAAGCACGGGCCCUAUGCCACCCACACAGCCACCAGCAGUAGCCUCCAAUAACCUUCCCCAACAGCCCUCACCCACUGGGGCACCCACAGCAGACCCCACGCGCCUGGCUGCGCCCCUGCCUCCGCCCUUCCGCCCGGUGACGUCCCCCAUGGAGGUGGCGCUGAUGGAGUGUGCCGCGGCCGUGGACAGGCGCGACCUGGUGCAGGCUCACUCGCGCAUGUCCGCCCUCGCGCACCUCGUGUCACCGCACGGCACUGCACAGCAGCGCCUGGGGUACUACUUUCUUGAGGCGUUGGCUGCUAGGAUUGCCGGCACUGGGUCGGCUAUUUAUAAGGUGGGCGCUGUUGGUAAGGCGCUGCAAUCCCGCCAGGGCAGCCAGCCCGGCCCAUCCAGUAAAGCAAUGCUGUCAGCCGUGGUGGUGUUCUGUGAGGCGGUGCCUGUGGAUCAACGUAACCUCAACCGCUGCUUUUCCUUCCCCACGCCUCUCUCACCCCUUCCCUCCAGGCGCUGCAAUCCCGCCAGGGCAGCCAGCCCGGCCCAUCUAGUAAAGCAAUGCUGUCAGCCGUGCUGGUGUUCUGCGCUGCAAUCCCGCCAAGGCAGUCAACCAGGCCCAUCCAGCAAGGCGAUGCUGUCUGCAGUGCUGGUGUUCUGUGAGGCGUGUCCGUGGAUCAACUUCGGGCACCUGGUGGCCAACGGCAGCAUUCUAGAAGCGGUGGAGGGAGCGAGGAGGGUGCACGUGAUCGACCUGGGCAUCACCCACGGCACGCAGUGGCCCACGCUGCUUGAAAGCCUCGCCACGCGCCCUGGCGGCCCGCCACAUUUGCGAAUUACGGGAGUGGACGCACCCCUUACUGGGCUCAAGCCUUCCUCGCUGGAGGAGACGGGGAGGCGGCUGUCAGCGUUUGCGAGGGUGAUAGGAGUGCCGUUUGAGUUCACGCCCAUCACAGAGCAGCUCGACGACCUCAAGCCCGAGCACUUCGCGGUGCGCAGUGACGAGGUGUUGGUGGUAAAUUGUCUGCUGCGGCUGCACCAGAUGCGCGAUGAGAGCAACGCACCGCACGUGCCCAGCCAGCGCAACUGCACUCUGCACAUGAUCCGAUCGCUCAACCCCGCCAUCGUCACCCUCAUUGAACAGCACGCGGAUCACAACAUCCCCUCCUUCCUCUCGCGCUUCCGAGAAGCCCUGCACUACUUCAGCGCUCUCUACGAGUCGCUAGAUGCCAGCCUGCCCUGGAACAGCACGGAACGAGCGCUAGUGGAGGAGAGGAUAUUCGGGCGCAAGCUGGUCAACAUCAUCGCGUGUGAGGGGCGGGAUAGAGUGGAGCGCCAUGAGAGCCACGCCAGGUGGCACCAGCGCAUGCAGCGCUGCGGGUUCGUGCCGCGCGCUAUCAGUGCUGACGUGGAGGAGAACGCGCAUGUGAGUGCUGACGUGUCAUGA